AUGUCUAGUCUUACGGCCGUUAUAGCCUUCUUCAUAUGGCUCGGCUUAGUGCAAGCCAAGCUAGUCCGCGAGACACUGGAGUUCACCUGGGGGGUUGGCUCUCCCAAUGGUGUCCCGCGGCAAAUGGUUCUCACGAAUGGGAAGUACCCAGGGCCUGAUUUAAUAUUCGAUGAGGAUGACGAUGUCGAGAUACUGCUAUAUCCACCUUCUAAAUCUCGACUAAUUCGAAUCUCGUAUAGAAUGGAAUCCGCUCCGUGGUCCGACGGUGUCCCAGGGCUGUCACAAGCGCCCAUUCAGCCGAAUUCAUCUUUCGUAUACAAGUUCAAAGCUUCCCCAGCAGGCACAUUCUGGUACCAUUCGCACUUCAAAAAUGUGAUGCAGGAUGGCCAAGUGGGAGCUCUUUAUAUUCGCCAUAAGCCCGACGCUGCCCGGCCAUACUCGAUGAUAGCCAAAGAUGCCACUGAAGUGGCACAAAUGCAGAAUGCCGAAGCCAACUCAAACUUACUGCUCAUAACCGACUGGACCCAUUUUACUGCUCAGGAGUACUUUCAAGCCGAGAUUGAUUCAGGCAUGAAUCUCUUCUGUGUCGACAGUAUCCUCGUGAACGGCAAAGGUUCCGUUUAUUGCCCGGACGCCCAGUGGAUGCAAUCACUGGUUGGCCCCCAGAUCGCCUUGGUGUUGGAAGGGACAAAUCUGACCGACAGAGGAUGCCUAGCGCCCCCCUUACAUAAUGUUCAGGGUAGCUGGCCAAAUCAGAAGCCUAGUGCUGUUCCAUCUUCAAUGCACAACAACUGCACCCCGUCGGAUGGUGGGGUGCCUAGAAUUGAGGUUGAUGCUAAAGACGGAUGGGCGAGUCUGAAUUUCAUUGGAGGACAAGCGCAGAAAGGAACUACUUUCUCGGUAGACAACCAUCCAAUGUGGAUAUAUGAGGUAGACGGUCAGUUUGUGGAGCCGCGUCAAUAUGAGAUGGUUGGGAUGUACAACGGAGCUCGAUACUCAGCUCUGGUCAAGCUGGAUCAAACACCAGGAGAUUAUGCGAUUCGAAUCACGGACAAUGGGGGUGACCAGGUCAUCAGCGGAUAUGCUAUCCUCUCCUACCGUGCAGCAAACACGACGCAGAAUGUGACUCGACCAGAAGCACAAAUUGGCCCCGAAACGAAGGGAUACAUUGACUACGCCGGGCAGAACACGUCUGCUAGCGUAAGGUACCUGAACUACACAGAGAACCUCCCAGCGUUCAAUGUUCCCCUGCCACCGGCAUUCGCGGACCUUACCCUGAAAACCAACAUGAGACGUGUCAAUAGUUCAUAUCAAUGGUCUAUCGGGAACGGAGUCCUAUACGAGCCUGAAAUCACGGCAGACACACCACUCAUAUUCGAGAAACAGCCACUGGAUGUCAUAGGAUCGAAUUACACGCUCCAAACACUCAACAACACCUGGGUGGACAUCAUUAUACAGAUCAUAUCCGACCCAGAAAUGGACCCCAUUCACCCACCCCACCCCAUCCACAAGCACGGCAGCCGCGCCUAUAUUGUUGGGGACGGAAUGGGCGUCUUCAACUGGUCGACUGUCUACGAAGGAAUGCUGGAGAGACCUGACCGGUUCUACCUCGAUAAGCCCGCGUUACGUGACACAUUCACGACAAACACACUCACCGCAGCCUUGGACGGUGGAGUAUGGAUAGCGAUCCGGUACUAUGUCAGCGGGCCAUUUCCCUCGCUGCUUCAUUGCCAUAUCACGACGCACCAGGAGGGCGGGAUGGCGUUGGCCCUUCUUGACGGUAUCGAUGUAUGGUCUGAGCUAGCUACAUCGGCAGAGGUGGUGAAGCUGCAGAAUGCAGGUGAGCCUGCAGCAUGA